GGAGAAAGACGCCCCUAGAUAGCCUUAAAUCACCACUGAAGGUUCAUCAAUAUUUCUCUACCAUGGCAUCUAAACGUUUUUCCAGAGAGAUAAUUGCUGGUAUAGAGGCUGCAGCACUCGAAUGUCCGUUAUGUAUGGAACGUUUUAAACACCCGAAACUACUCCCGUGCGUCCAUUCAUUUUGUCUUGGAUGUCUUGAGAAGUGGGUGAAAGAAAGUAGUGGAAGGCUCAGCUGCCCGAUCUGUCGUGAAAUCUGCAAAGUUCCAAAAAAUGGACUUAAAGAACUGCCGAACAACAUUUUCAUCGUCGGAUUGUUAGAUUAUAUAACUACAUUAGAACAGAGAUCAACACCCACUUGUGGUUGUAAGAAAGAAGCCUCUUACUUCUGUGAAGAUUGCGAUGAACUGUACUGCAGAGAAUGCAAAGAUGCUCACAGAAAAAUAAAAGUGACAAGAGACCACAACACGUUAACCCUGGAUGAAUACAAAUCCAUCGAUCCAGUUGAAAAAUUUGCAUCAAAACCAAUAAAUUGCCUAAAACAUUCAAUGGAGUUUCUAUUCUUUUGUGAUACAUGUAAGAUACCUGUUUGCGUCGGAUGUACGCAGGUUGAACAUCCAAGGGGCAACGACCAUAAGAUCAUCGAUACAAAAGACGCUUUCAAGAACUUUUCAUCACUUGCAUCUCAACUUGUUACAAAUUCUGAUGAAAAACUAUUCGGUCUUCGUAUUUUCGUUAGCAACAUUAAAGAGACUGAGUCUGUUCUGAGUUCAAAUUACUCAAUAUGUAAAUCAGAUAUUACAAGACAGGCGGAUGAGCUUCAUCAAUUGAUUGAUCGUCGUAAGGAAGACCAACUGCAGAACCUCGAAAGAUCUUAUAAACAAAAGCUGAAGAUAACUGGAACUCAGGUCAGUGAGGUAGAAUUAGCCAUUGCUAAAUUAUCCAGUAUGCGUGGAAUAACGCACAACUUGGUGAGUAGUCCCAACCAGGUUAUGGCACUGAUGUCGAGUUCUGAUGCAUGUGAAAGAUUGCAUGCAGUUCUGAAGGAGGAAGUUAAUACAGAACCUCGAGAAUCUGGAGCUCUACGGUAUCAUCCAAACAGAAGAUUAUCCAAAUCACUGGAAGACGAGGCGGUAGGUAAAUUACGCGGCCAUGAAACAAAGAUAAAUCUAUCAUUCAAAUUAAAAGAAAUAUUGAAGACGGAAGAAAGAAGUUUACUGCGAUUGUAAUAACUCGAAAUGAACUGGAUGAGAUUAUAUAUGACAUGGAUGUAAAGGUGAAUGGUUCAUUUGGUAGAACUGAUUGUCGACAAAAUGAUGAGAUUCAGAUGAAUGAGAUGAAUGUUACCGACGAAAAAAUGGAAGGUACGAGUUUUCUGGCAGCUACUUCGCCUUCGAUAGGUGUACAUUGAGGUGUCAUAUAAUUGAUGGACCCAACAUUUAUAAACGAAAAUUUAUGUUGGAGGUCUGUAUGAAUUGUUCGCCCCUGAAAAAAAUGUCAUGAUGUCUGUUCAAAUGGCUAUGGUUCAAUUCCCAUUUAUUUAAAAUACAGUUGUCCACUCCCUUUAUAAGGUUAAAUUUUUAGGCUGGUUCAUGCUUUUGAAAUAUUCAGUGAUGUGGAUACUUCUUAUUUAACCGAUAACUUUAUAAAGAUUUUUGAACAACACCGUUAUAGAACUAGACAUUCAUAUGAAACAUUUGUAAUUCCAAAUAUUAAAGGCCAAGCUUCGAAAACUUUUUAUUACAAUACUAUCAAAAUUAUCUUCCAUCAAGUAUCAAGUGUAUUAACAAAUUCAAUGAGUUUAUACCUGCGAUAAAGAUUCACCUUGAAAAUGUGCAUCAACCUUGAUUGUUUGUUUUUGUUUACUUUUAUUUUUUAAACGUAAUUGCUUUUAGGACCCCAUUGGAAUUAAGCUGUUUUUCAGCUUUAUAGGUUAUCCUGGUAUUUUUUCAUUGUUUUUUGUGAAUUUUGAGUAAUGAAUAAACCAAGCCAAAAGCCACCAUAAGGUCAAAGUGCAUUUCUGGUAGGGUUGCAAUUGGGCAAAUAUGUAUGAAGCCCAAGGUUUUUUUUUAUCUUCUGAACAAAUUCACAGCGUUAAAUAAGAAAUAAAAUACAAACAUUAAUUAAAAUACCCAAACUUUGAGUCUCUUCAUCACAAAAUAUCUCCUCUCACCAGUUCCAAAACCUUUCCAUUUGACAUACAAUAUUCUCCAGCUAAUCAUCUUGAUAAUUUUCUGUAGAGCUACAUUUAAGGAAAAGUAUAACAGUAUUAUUUUGCCUCAACUAUGGCUACGUUUCUAAUCCAUAUGUAAACACAAAAAAGACCCAAAACAGUGGUAUGCUGAUAGGCGUGGGACCUCACAUUAAAACACGUACAAAACUCAUCCUCUCUCUCUAGGUUUCACUAGAAUUAUCUUUAUUUGCGUUUAAGUCUGCGAGUGCCAUUUCCAGCCAUUAGGUGCCAUAAUCAUAAACUUUCUUUUCUUCAACCCCAACCAUGGUAGGUUCGGCUGAGGUGGGUGGACCUUGGCCAAUAUUUCUGUGAAAGUCCCUCCCUGGGCCCCCCUCUGUUUUCCUGAAUCCGCCACGGCCCCACACAGUAUGAUAAAAUCCCUAUCUGGCCCGGAAGAGUGUGGAUUCGCUUAAAAACAACAACAAAGUGAUUUAUUGCUUUCCCUCCCCUGUUCCCAAUCAGAUCAGUACCGAGCUUAUUUUAUGAAUUCUCGAUUUUUUAUAUUUUUGACGUCUACCCAUCUUAUCCACGACGUAAAGCGCUUGUCAUUAUUUGUUCAUAUUCGCAAUUUACAUUAAUUUCAUUUAUUUAUAAUAUAACAUUUACGUUUGUGGUAAAAAUUUAGUAUAUAUACCUAAUAAUAUUUUUUUUUUUUUUCAUUGUGCGCUAGACCUACAUUUAUUUCUUUUAUGUUUAAAUUUAUUAAUGUUUUCUUUACCUUGUUCUAUAAUUUUACAUAGUCUAUUGACAUAUGCAGUGAAAAUAUGAAACACCACGUGGAUGGAUGCGGCACGUUUCACAUGGCUAUGUGUAUGUCCAAUUUGUAGGGAUCUAUUUUACUCCGACCUCGAUUUAUUUACGAUUCUUAACAUUUUAAUUAUAUUAAUGAACGUUAACCCGUAGUAUAAUUAAUGACAUUUCCACGGUGUUUUUAAUUAGAAUGAUUUAAUUUUGUAUACAUC